AUGGAAAAAAAUCUCAAAAACUACACUUCAAUUUGGGUGGAGCAACCAGUUGUCUAUAAUCUGACUAAAAAAAUCUUUGCGUGCAUCAUCACAGUUUUGUAUCCAUUCACUUUUUUCUGCGUGCUGAAAAAGUCUCCUCAAAAUUUUGGAUUUUUGAAAUGGUUCUUGAUGUUUCAUUUGGUUUGCAUCUCCAUCGCAUGGAUAGCAAAUUUCUUUUUAAUUGAUUAUUUCUAUUUUGCUGCGAGUCUAGUGAUAAGAAUCGAUGGUAUUAUGGCAAAAUGGAUGGACUCGUAUUCGUUGUAUCAGAUUUCGUUUAUCACUUAUGGAUUUUCAAUGGCUUCUAGUCAGCUAAUCUUCUGUAAUCGAGUCUUCCUCAUCAUGAAUAUGUACAAAAAGCUACGGUCAAUAAGACAAAUAUUUCUGGAAGUGCUUAUUUAUAUCUUCGUUGGACUAAUGCCUCUCUCCACAAUCCCCGUGGUUUGGGAAAUGACUCCAAAUCAAAAGAAAGCAAAGAAAGCUGUCAUAGAGCACUACAAUGUCUACCCACAUUGUGUCUAUGAAGAUACAUCUGUAAUUAUCUGUAAUCCAAUGAACCAUUGUGCCGUUAUAUUCGCCAUUAUGAAUCUCUGCUAUGUUUUGUUUUCCACAUUCAUCAUGUUCUUUGCAACCCAUAUGGCUUAUAAAUUGUUAUCAAAACGAAUGGUAACGAAGUCGAAUAAGACGAAGAAAAUGCACGAAAAGUUCAAUAAGAGAACAAGAUUACAAGCAAUCGUUGUAUUCUUCUUCGCAAUGUUCCCUAUCCUUGUUGCCAACUUGAUUCUUCUUCUUGAUAUUGAAAUAGCAUGGCCAUCAUACUUCAUUGAUUUUCUCCGGGAGAACCAACCAAACGCAUCAUUACUUACUCUUUUCCUAUUCUAUGAUCCAUAUCAAUUGUAUGUGAGAACUAUCUGGAAGCACUAUCAGAACAGGUUCUCCUCUAAAAUUAUGAAAGUCAAAUCAGCUCAUCCAUCUGAACAUCAUAUAGUUAGCGCGAGAAUUUGA